GGCUUCAAGAUGGGAAAAAAAGGGGAAACUGUGGCUGUGACACAUAGGCAAGAAAAGACAAAGUGGCACAAGUGUCAUGGUGUGAGUUUCGAAAUGGGCAANUGGCAGUCCAUCUCGAUGGACUUUAUCGGUCCUCUUCGACCUCCGACCCCCCGCGGUCAUGAUGCUAUCCUGGUCGUCGUCGACUGCUUCACGAAGCGUGCACGCUUUGUUCCGUGCCGCUAUGCCAUCAGUGCACGUGAGGUCGCCGACAUCGUAUUUGACCGAGUCGUGCCUGACCACGGCUUACCUCUGAGCAUCAUAUCUGACCGUGACCCGCGCUUUACCAGCCAAUUCUGGCGACGGCCCCACGAGGUGUACGACACUCGGCUCCGCUUCUCCUCGUCUUACCAUCUUCAGACUGAUGGUUUGACCGAGAUCACGAACAGGACUCUCGGAGAUAUUCUCCGAAAGAUUGUUCGUGACGACCAGCAGUGGGACCUCCAUCUUGCCCACGCGGAGAUAGCGUACAACCACGCCGUCCCGCCAGCCACAGGGAUGUCGCCUUACUAUUGCGACUUCGUCUAUCACCCUCGUGUUCCCGCGCACUUUCUUCGACCGUCACAGAUGCACCCCGACACGAGUUGUCCCGCGCUGGAUGAUUGGGUUGCACACAUGACGUCGAUCAUGAAGACCGCACAUGAGCACAUAGCCGCUUCCCAGACUCGCAUGGCAGCACGUGCAAACCGAUCGAGGAUGGAUCAUCCAUUCAAAGUCGGUGAUGAUGUGCUUAUCAACGCCCGCCACUUACAGCUCGAAGCGGACACGCUUAGCAAGUUUCGACGUCGCUUCUUUGGCCCAUGCCGCAUCCUCCGGGUCGUCGGCUCUGAUACGGCAUCUAGCCCGGUCAGCUUUCGUGUGAAGCUGCCCGACUACCUACGCCAGGCUCGUGUGCAUGAUGUCUACCACGUCUCGUUACUGCGUCCUUACCGCAGACCGUCUGAGCGUUUCACUGGACGACCAUACGAGCGCCCUCCACCCCUCAUGGUGGACGACCACGAGGAGUUCCUCGUUUCAGACAUCAUUGGUCGCCGAGUCACCGACGACAACCCUCCCCACGUCGAGUAUCUCGUACGUUGGAAGGGUUACCCUGAUGAGGAGGCUACCUGGGAGCCCCACGAGCACUUAGAGCAUGCUCGCAUGUUGGUGCGUGCCUAUGACCGUGCUCGUCGUGCUGGGUUCAGUGCUCCUCCUCAGCCCACUGACCCUCCUCCUUCUCCUCCGGCUGAGGAGACCGCUGAAGUUGAGCCUGCUCCAUUUGAGCCUACCUUCAGCAGCAGCCGGAUGCUUCUAAGCGUCCAUAGCGCACUCGUCAUCGUGUUGCUCGAUACGACGAUUGACUCUGACUUACCUUCCCACGUCUUUGACUUCUCAGUACUCCAUCCACAUCAGUUUUGCUACUUCAGCUCGUCGAUGCUGCGGCUCUUCCUCGACAACAUUCCGGACUUCUCAUCGUGGACGUCAUCGGCGGCUUCAUGGACUUCAUCACGAUCUGCUCUGCCAACUUCAGACGUCGCCACUCUCUUACCACUCUACCCUGUACAGUACCCUGCUUGUGUCGCAUGAUGGUCACCCUUUAGUCGGGUUCCUCUGAGUUGGGCUCUCCCUUGGUAUACGCAUAGGCAUCGGGACCGUA